AUGGAAGGCUGGGGAGUAUUCCUCAUAAUACUCGUGCUUCUGCUCAUAUUCGGAGGCGGUGGAUACGUAGGAUACGCCCACUACAGAGCUCGACGAUUAGGCUUACCACCACCUAAUCUCAACCCAUUCUCGAAGAACAAGCGAGAGAAUCCGACGUAUCAGGCACCUGCGCCAGCGCCAGGAGGCAUUCAAGGAUGGAUUGCCGAUAAAUGGAACUCACUGCGCAAUCCACGAAUAGCCGGCGGCGCAUACGAAAGUACAGGCCAUGGAGCGAGUCGCAGUGGAACUGGAAGGGGUCGAGGCUUUGGACCGCUUGAUCCCGAUGAAGCAUGGGAUGCCAGGGUAGACCACGAAGCCUCUGGGUACUAUGAAGAGCAGGAAUUGGGUCUACAAGAUCCGGCCCAGGGGCCGUAUGGCGGCGGCGGCUACGGCAACAAUGCGGGUGCCGGUGGCAUAGAUGCUGGAAGAGGUCGAAGUCGAUCGCGACAACGAGAAUUAGAUGAUCGAUACGACCAAGAGGUACACGGUGGACAAGGUGGAAGCACACUCAAUCCAUUUGGCGACGGCGCGGAAGCAAGUAACAUGAGCUUGCGCAGCGUCAGCCCGAGACCUCACGACGAUACAACGUAUCAAGGCAGCACUAGACCUGCUCACAAGAAGCAGAAUAGCACUGUUGGGUCGAGAGGUAGUGCGGAGACCAGUCCGACCGAGAGAAGGAGUAUGUUCACAGAGGAUGUGUAG